GACCACAAACUCUUUCCUAUACGAUGAGCACUGCUGUAGCGACUACGCUGGGCGGGUCUGUGCCGCCAUUUACUCCCCAUGCGAUAUCCGUUUCGUUACCGACGUGGAAGGAUAAUGUCGGAUACGAGGAAGGAGAGCCGAGGGUGAUAGACUCGAUGGUCACUGGGUAUCCCAGGUUCUUCGUCCAUCGCAGUAUCCAAAAGCUAGCCCGGAUAUGCGAGCAGAAAUUCGGGGCAAACGGCGAGCGGUGCUUCCUCUUCCCGACGAAGAAGCUCGCAGAGGCGUGCCGUGCGUUCAUGCUCGCUCGCUCUGCCGAGUUUGGGUCGACGGUACCCGUGCGUCUCGUCCAGUUCGUUGUGUGCCCUGAAGACAAGCAGUCGAACGGGGCGUCGCAUGCGCGGUCGGGAUCAACCAGCGGGACCUGCGUGGAGCUACACAUCGUCCUCUUCCCAGCGGACAGCUGGCCGCUGGCGAAACAGUUCUGGCAGCAUACCGGUAUGGGCAUUUCCAGUCGACUGGCUGAGCGUGCACUCUCUAUGCUGCCCGACGAAACCGCUCCGCCCCCUUCCCCCGUCCUCUCUCGCCCCAUGAAGUCGGCUAACAGGCACUACUCGCGAUCCAUCACCUCCAUACCGAAGUCGCCUACUCUCUCCUCCCCGCCACCGGUAGCUCGACCGGAGGAACCGGAUUCGCUCGGUGCGGACGAGAGCACGUACCUGGAGGAGCGGUACGGACGGAACCUGCCUGUCGCGGCUGCAGCGGCUGCGAAGAGAGCCAUGCGAAGACGGAUCGCUGGCGUGCUCGUUAGCGAUGACCAUCCGGACGUCCACGCGGGCUCGAACGACGUAGAGAUCGGCCCCAGUUCUCGAGGCGUGAGCGAUGUCUCGGAAGACGACGUUUUCCUGUUCCCGACUGGUAUGGCUUCCAUAUGGGCGGCGCAUCAGUUGGCAUUGGGUGUGCGGCCUGUGGCUAAGAGCGUCUGCUUUGGAUUUCCGUACACAGAUACCCUCAAAAUCUUGCAAAAGUGGGGCCCUGGCUGUCACUUCUUUGGUCACGGCUUGGAUAAUGACCUCGAUGCCCUCACGAAACUGCUUGAGAAGGAGGCCUCGACGAGCUCGUCACCUCCGGUAUUGGCAUUGUUCACUGAAUUCCCCUCAAAUCCUCUGCUUCGUUCCGCUGACCUUGUUCGGCUGCGCGCGCUGGCCGACAAGUACGAUUUCCUGGUGGUCGUGGACGAGACUAUCGCGAACUUUAUCAACGUGGAGCUCCUGCCGUAUGCUGACAUCGUAGUCAGCAGUCUCAGCAAGAUAUUCAGCGGGGACGCAAACGUCAUGGGUGGCAGUCUCGUACUUAAUCCCAAGGGCCGUCACUACAAGGAGCUGAAAGAGCACAUGCUCGCGACUUACGAAGACUGCUAUUUUGACGAAGACGCGAUCUACAUGGAGCGCAACUCGCGCGACUUCAAGCGGCGCAUAUAUGCGAUCAAUGAGAACACGGAGGCGCUCUGCGACUUCCUGCGCGCGCGGUCCAUCGCCGGUGGCGCCGCGUCUCCUUGUGUCAUCAAGGACGUGUGGUAUCCCAAGUGGAGCACCCCGGAGAACUACGAGCAGUGCCGCAUCAAAGCCGGCACGCACGAACAUGAGAGAGACGGCGGGUACGGCGGACUGUUCUCGCUAACAUUCACCUCUCUCGCGGCCUCGCAGGCCUUCUUUGACGCUCUAGAGGUCAACAAAGGCCCGAGCCUCGGCACGAACUUCACGCUUGCUUCUCCGUAUGUAAUCCUGGCGCACUAUGCGGAGCUAGACUGGGCGCAGCAGUUUGGCGUCGACCCCGGGCUGGUGCGCGUGAGCGUAGGUCUCGAAGACCGGGUUACCUUGUUGAAGACAUUCGAGAAAGCGUUGCGCGUUGCUGAGGAGGUGGUAAAAAGUAACGAAGAGAAGGAAUAAUCAGAAGUGAUGUAAGACUGGGAGCUUGGUUCAACUCCGGGCUGUUGGGCAGGUAUGCUGCAGUCCAUCCUGCAGUGCUUCAUAAUGUAGGAACUAUGUCAAUUGUAUCAUUAUAUUUCGGAGGGAUCAAAUAACAGUUGAAACAUCUCGUC